GCCCAGCACCAAAGACCAACAGCACGCUCCAGCCCGCAAACCUUGCAGUUGCAGACGACGCCGCCGAGCUGCUCACUCUCGCCGUCUAGCGAACUGACACGCCCUUCUCCGACGACGGGCUGCCGCCACCACCUUCCCUCCGCUACCAGAUCGUCUGCCACCCCAUCCUCCUUAACCUACAUUUUGGGUCUGGGCAGAUCUACGCGGAGGCGUCGACCCUUUUGCCAGCCACGCCCCAACCCGGCGGUCCUUCUUAUCCUUGAGGCAGCGAAACGGGGCGGGCAGAUAACUCUGGAAACCUGAUUAUCUACCGUGUGUAUCCCAUGGAGGGGAUCCAAAGUGGCGGCGGCAGCGGUGGUGGCCAGGAUGUUUCCUCUUGGCAUCAUCUAAUGAGGAAACCUCGGCCUGACUCCGUGCCGUGGAAAAGGAGUACACAUAAUAUGUCCUCUGAUGGCCACGCACUUACGGUCAUUGAUCAUGUCGGUGUGAAUGCAAAUGUUUCAAGUGCUGAGUAUGAUGAGAAGAAGUCCCAUGAGGAUAAUUCAGAGAUCACACCCUCAGUUAGCACUCACAAGUUCGAUGCAAACCAGUUGGCUGCAAAGAUUCUUCGCCUUCGAAUGAAAGGCAAGCAUGAAGAAGCUGACCAACUUAAGAGGGAAAUGGAGGCUUUGCUGGAGGAUGAAGACACUUCUGUUGAUGAACCUCGGCAUGAAAAGGGAAGGAGCUCAGUCAGGCACACGAUAAAGCCUAUUGCAGCUGAAAGCAGGAAAGGAGAGGAUGAGUAUGAUUUCGAUGAUGCUCCUAGAAGGAAGAGUGAAGGCACGCAGGAGGAGAAGAGAAGCACUCAUGGACAUAUCUUAACUCAGAAAGAUCGCUGUUUGUAUUGUUUCGAGAACCCAUCCAGGCCAAAGCAUCUGGUUGUUGCUAUUGGGAACUUCACUUACUUGAUGCUUCCACAGUUUGAGCGCGUUGUUCCUGGGCACUGUGUUAUUCUUCCAUUGCAGCACGAGUCCGCAACAAGAGCGAUUGAUAGCAACGUAUGGGAGGAGGUUCGCAACUUCAAAAAGUGCCUCCUGAAGAUGUUCGCGCAGCAGAGCAAAGAUGUAAUUUUCAUGGAGACUGUCAUAUGCUUGGCCAAGCAACGGAGACAUUGCAUGAUUGAAUGCAUUCCUGUGCCCAAUGAAGUUUCAGACAAAGCGCCCAUGUACUUCAAAAAGGCAAUUGACGAAGCUGAAGAAGAAUGGUCCCAGCAUGAGAUGAAGAAGCUUAUUCCAACAAGUGGUAACCUGCGGCAAGUAAUCCCGGAUAACUUUGCCUACUUCCAUGUAGAGUUUGGGCUGGACCACGGGUUUGUCCAUGUGAUAGACGACGAUAGCAGAUUCAGCGCUGGUUUUGGACUGGAUGUCAUCAGAGGGGUGCUCCGCUUGCCAGGGGAGGACAUGCACCGUCGUCGAAGGCAUGCAUCAGUGGAUGACCAGAAGCAGGCAGUUGCCAGCUUCACGAAGGACUGGCAGCCCUUCGACUGGACAAAGGAACUUGAAUAGAAGUAAAACUUCAAGAGCACUUUGGAAUAUGCACGAAGUUUGCACUAACGCAUUUUUGUAGAUAUCAAACUAAUAGGAGGUGGCAUUUUUCAUGGCAGUUGAGCAUCUGUAAUUUAGGAUCCAUGCAGUCAUAUACAAAUUCUCAACUGCUUAUUGCAGUUGGCUGGUGGAUCAGCCACGCACGGUUUGCCUCUGUUCAUGCCUUUGUGCUGAAUGUUCGCAUAGCAUUACCUGCCUAGAU